AAAGAGGAACUUGAACUCAUGGCUAAAAAAGAAGUUGGAACUUUCUGCUCUACAGUCCAUGAUGGCUGUGCAAGAAGAAGAGCUGCAGGCGCAAGAGGAAGAGCCGCAGGACCUGCAAAUACAACAGAUUUUCCUGGAGACAUACCAGCUGUGGAACGCCUGACCCAGGAAGUAUUACUUCUUUGGGAAAAAGUUGCUCCAGUAGAAUCCCAGGAUCAAGAAAUACCAGGAAACCAAAGACAACAGUUGCUGCGGAUGCUAGAAGGACUAGCAGAUGAACAGAGUUGGCUCAGUGAGGACUUACAAGCAAAGAGACAGCUUUCUAGCAGUCUGGUGAAGUUCCAUGCCCAUCCAGAGAGCCUGCCAACUUUCAGAUGAGAACUUACAGCAUCAUCCCUCCUGGUCCUCAGGCCUUCAGUCUCCAACAGCAGCUAUGCCGUCAGCUCUCCUGGGUCUCCAGCUUGCUGCCUGCAGAUCUUGGGGCUUCUCAGCCUCCAUCGUCACAUAA